UAUCCGCGGGUCAGAGUGAAGACGCCGGAGUGUGUACAACCCCCUCGCCGAAGCCCUGGUCAAGGCCUCUUUCCAACGUCGUUUGUCGUGAGUGCCACAAUUCCUCUCGAUGCAGGCCUCGUUUCCGAGUCGUCCGGCGCUCAUGUGAAAACAUGUGUCACUAGUGCUGGUGCUACUCAUGUUACUCAUGCAAAGUUGGAUUCUUUCAAUUCUUCCAUCACAUUUUCCCUCCCAUCUUCAUGUGCCGUCCUGUACCGAUGUUGUCAUACCCGCUUGAGGAGCCCGUAUCGGAAUUGUGCAUCCACGUGCCCCUGUUCUCGUCUGCGUGUGCUCAAGCCAAUCUCACCUGGUGAAGAGAACAGUGCAACUUACGUAAUUUGA